AUGACAGUUCAAUCUUAUUUUGAAGGAACACAACUACUUAGUGAUAUAAAAUUUGAUCAAGGUUUUGACGUUAUUCCUGCUUGUCUGUCGGAUCCAACUGAGUGUUCUGCUGGACCUCACUAUCGUUUAUUCAAUCCAUUUUCUACGGUAUCGAAUAGUAGCGCCUCCUGGGAAAUUGUUCAAUGGGCUAGCCGUUCGAAUUUAUCUUCCCAAGGUACUUUUAUGAAUGAUUCAAUCAGUAAAGGUAUGCAAUGGGCAACAAGUGAUAAAAGUGUGAUACUCUUUCAAGACGGUCGAAUACAGUUAGCAAUGAAUGCUUAUCAUGAAUAUGGUGGUCAAUACAAAGCACCCAAUGCUCCUUGGGUGCAUCUUCUAAUGCAGCAAACAAUUGGACGCACUCAUCAUUCGUUACCAUUAAGUGAGGUGACUGAAUUACAUUGGGAUCUGGAUGUUCAUCUUCUAUACAUGGAUCAACAUAUUCAAUCUGGCUAUAACUCAAACUUACAUGCUGCCAUCUUUCCACUCUAUAUGACUAUUCAAAAUUUGGUAGAUGACGAUCCUGACUAUGGCAAAUAUUUUUGGUUAGGUAUUGGUGUGUAUGAUGAUCGAGUCCCUAUGACUAGUUUAUAUGUUAAUGGUGAUCCAGGCACUGGUUCCUUAAUCUAUUCGCCUGCGUUUUCUAAUUUUGCAACUACAUCUGUACAAUCAGGCUCUAUAGUGCAUGUCGCUGGUGAUAUGAUGCCAUUUGUUCGAUUAGGUCUUCAAGCAGCCGUACAACGUGGUUUCUUACGUUCGAAUGAUCUUAGUCGAUAUUUUGUUGGUGGAAUGAAUGUUGGUUGGGAAAUAACUGGAUUGAAUAUUGGAACGAUUGAAUUAGCCAAUGUUAGUCUCACACAAUAUACUGCUCAAAAUCCAAGAUCCUACGAAUUUAAUUUUGACAGAAACAAUGAAGGAUGGACCAUAGUGUCCUAUGUAGAGCAAUUUGCCAAUAGUCCUCAAAAUGGCCAGUGGAUGUUGAGACCUAAGGGUAGUGAUCCUCAAAUUUUAAGUCCUCCUCUUAUGCUUGACACAACAGUAGUGAAAAAGUUAAUUAUUAGAAUAAGCAAUGGCAAAAAAUCUGAGGAACAGUUACAAGUAUUCUGGAAUACAAAUAAUAUUGCGAAUUCUUUCUCAGAAUCAGCUAGUUUUUCGAUUAACAUAAAACCUGAUGAUAGUUGGCACGAGUAUACAUUAGAUUUAUCAUCAAAUACAAAUUGGUAUGGUAUUGUACGUCGUCUUCGAAUAGAUCCCGUACGUUCUGGCAAUGGAGAUCAUUUUGGCAUUGAUUACAUACGAUUUGCUUCUUGA